AUGGCCGCCUUCGGGCUUCUCAGCUAUGAGCAGAGACCGCUGAAGCGCCCCCGGCUUGGGCCGCCCGACGUCUACCCACAGGACCCCAAGCAGAAGGAGGAUGAACUGACGGCUGUGAAUGUAAAGCAGGGCUUCAGCAAUCAGCCGGCCUUCACGGGAGACGAGCACGGCUCGGCCAGAAAUAUUGUGAUUAACCCAUCAAAGAUUGGAGCUUAUUUCAGCAGCAUAUUAGCCGAGAAACUGAAGCUUAACACUUUCCAGGACACCGGAAAGAAGAAACCACAAGUUAAUGCGAAAGAUAACUAUUGGCUGGUCACUCCUCGAUCCCAGAGUGCCAUUCACAGUUGGUUCUCGGACUUAGCAGGAAAUAAACCACUUGCUAUUUUGGCAAAAAAGGUUCCCAUCCUUAGUAAGAAAGAGGAUGUCUUUGCAUAUUUAGCUAAGUAUUCCGUUCCCAUGGUCCGAGCAGCGUGGAUGAUCAAGAUGACUUGUGCCUAUUACUCUGCCAUCUCUGAAGCUAAAAUUAAGAAACGUCAGUCUACUGAUCCCAAUUUGGAAUGGACCCAGAUAUCUACCAGAUAUCUUCGAGAACAGCUGGCCAAGAUUUCCGACUUUUACCACAUGGCCUCCAACUUGGGCGACAGCCCUGUCCCUGUGCCCCCGGAGGUGGAGUACGCCAUGAAGCAGUGGGAAUACAACGAAAAGCUAGCCUUUCACAUGUUCCAGGAAGGGAUGCUAGAAAAACAUGAAUAUUUGACAUGGAUCCUGGACGUUUUGGAAAAGAUCAGACCAGUGGAUGAUGAUCUUCUUAAACUCUUGUUACCACUCAUGCUGCAGUAUUCAGAUGAGUUUGUCCGGUCGGCCUACCUGUCUCGUCGUCUCGCCUACUUCUGUGCCCGGCGCCUCUCCUUGCUGCUGAGCGACAGUCCCAACCUCCUCGCUGCCCACUCACCCCACAUGAUGAUAGGACCAAACAACUCAAGUAUUGGGGCCCCCAGCCCUGGCCCCCCCGGCCCCGGCAUGAGUCCCGUGCAGCUGGCCUUCUCAGAUUUCCUUUCCUGUACACAGCACGGUCCCCUGGUUUACGGACUUAGUUGUAUGUUGCAGACUGUCACUCUCUGUUGCCCAAGUGCCUUGGUGUGGAAUUAUUCCACAAAUGAAAAUAAGAGCACGAACCCAGGUUCACCCCUGGAUCUGCUACAAGUGGCCCCUUCCAGCCUCCCCAUGCCGGGUGGAAACACAGCUUUCAAUCAGCAGGUUCGGGCAAGGAUUUAUGAAGUGGAACAACAGAUAAAACAAAGAGGUCGUGCAGUGGAAGUUCGGUGGUCUUUUGACAAGUGCCAGGAGUCAACCGCAGGGGUGACUAUCACUCGGGUUUUGCACACACUAGAAGUUUUGGAUCGUCACUGUUUUGACCGAACUGAUUCCAGCAAUUCGAUGGAGACGCUUUAUCAUAAGAUUUUCUGGGCAAACCAAAACAAAGACAGCCAAGAGAGAUGUGGUGAAUCAGAGGUCUUAGAUGAGAAGGAGUCUAUUUCUUCAGCCUCUCUUGCCGGAUCUAGUUUGCCUGUUUUCCAGAAUGUUCUGCUAAGGUUUUUGGAUACACAGGCCCCCUCGUUGUCGGAUCCGAACAGUGAAUGUGAAAAAGUGGAAUUUGUGAACCUGGUGCUGCUCUUUUGCGAGUUCAUCCGGCACGACGUCUUCUCCCACGACGCGUACAUGUGUACCCUCAUAUCUCGUGGGGACUUGUCAGUCACCGCCUCCACUAGGCCUCGAUCACCAGCUGGGGAAAAUGCAGACGAACACUAUUCAAAGGACCAUGAUGUGAAAAUGGAGAUUUUUUCUCCCAUGCCUGGAGAGUCCUGUGAAAACGCCAACACUUCCCUGGGCAGAAGAAUGUCGGUGAACGGUGAGAAGUUGGUGAAGAGGGAAAAGCCAAGGGAAUUGAUUUUUCCAUCUAAUUACAACCUCCUCCGUCACUUGCAGUAUGCAACUCAUUUUCCCAUCCCUCUGGAUGAAUCUUCAAGUCAUGAAUGUAACCAGCGCACAAUCCUUCUCUAUGGAGUUGGCAAAGAGCGGGAGGAGGCAAGGCAUCAGCUGAAGAAGAUUACCAAAGAUAUCCUGAAAAUCCUAAAUAAGAAGAGCACCACAGAGACGUCGGGGGGUGGGGAUGAUGGACAAAAAUCUAGGAAAAACAAGCAAGAGGCAUUUCCAACCUUGGAGACUGUGUUCACAAAACUCCAGCUCCUUUCGUAUUUUGAUCAGCAUCAAGUCACCUCUCAGAUCUCUAACAACGUGCUGGAACAAAUCACAAGCUUUGCCUCAGGGACGUCCUAUCAUCUCCCUCUGGCUCACCACAUUCAGCUCAUCUUUGAUCUCAUGGAGCCAGCACUGAACAUCAAUGGACUAAUCGACUUUGCUAUACAGUUGCUAAAUGAACUGAGCGUUGUGGAAGCUGAACUGCUCCUAAAAUCCUCCAGCCUGGCAGGAAGUUACACAACGGGACUGUGUGUCUGCAUCGUGGCUGUUCUCAGGCGGUAUCACAGUUGUCUAAUCCUGAAUCCUGAUCAGACAGCCCAGGUGUUUGAAGGGUUAUGUGGUGUGGUAAAGCACGUCGUCAACCCCUCAGAAUGUUCCUCUCCUGAAAGAUGCAUCCUAGCCUACCUCUAUGAUCUCUAUGUCUCAUGUAGCCACCUCAGAAGUAAAUUCGGAGACCUCUUCAGUAGUGCCUGUUCCAAAGUAAAGCAAACCAUAUAUAAUAAUGUGAUGCCUGCAAAUUCUAACUUGCGGUGGGACCCAGACUUCAUGAUGGACUUUAUCGAGAAUCCCUCAGCCCGCAGCAUCAACUACUCCAUGCUGGGCAAGAUCCUCAGUGACAACGCGGCCAAUCGCUACAGCUUUGUCUGCAAUACACUCAUGAAUGUAUGUAUGGGCCACCAGGAUGCUGGAAGAAUUAACGAUAUAGCCAAUUUCUCCUCUGAACUGACGGCUUGCUGCACCGUUCUUAGUUCGGAAUGGCUGGGGGUUCUGAAGGCUCUUUGUUGUUCUUCGAAUCAUGUGUGGGGGUUUAAUGAUGUGCUUUGCACCGUCGAUGUGAGUGACCUUUCAUUCCAUGAUUCAUUAGCUACUUUCAUUGCUAUUCUGAUAGCACGACAGUGUUUUUCCCUGGAGGACGUCGUGCAGCAUGUCGCACUUCCCUCUCUCCUAGCGGCAGCUUGCGGAGACGCAGACGCCGAGCCUGGGGCAAGAAUGACAUGCCGACUCCUGCUGCAUCUCUUCCGGGCUCCCCAGGCCUGCUUCUUAUCUCAAGCAACAGGCAAGCCUUUCCCUGGAAUAAGAUCGUCCUGUGAUAGACACCUCUUGGCUGCAGCUCACAACAGCAUUGAAGUGGGAGCCGUGUUUGCUGUUUUAAAAGCCAUUAUGAUGCUUGGAGAUGCCAAAAUUGGCAGUAACAAUGUCAGCUCUUUAAAGAAUGAUGACUUCACCAUGAGAGGCUUACGACGUGAUGGGAAUGCUGAUGAUAUCUGGACCGCUGCACAAAAUUCUAAACCCUGUGGAAAAAGCAUUUCCAUAGAAACCGCUAAUUUAAGGGAAUAUGCUAGAUACGUACUAAGGACUAUCUGCCAACAGGAAUGGGUAGGAGAGCAUUGCUUAAAAGAACCUGAAAGACUUUGUACGGACAAGGAACUAAUAUUAGACCCUGUGCUAUCGAACAUGCAAGCACAGAAACUGCUACAGCUCAUCUGUUAUCCUCAUGGCAUCAAAGAAUGUACAGAGGGGGACAAUCUGCAGAGACAGCACAUUAAGCGCAUUCUUCAGAAUCUUGAACAGUGGACACUGAGACAGUCCUGGUUAGAACUCCAGCUAAUGAUCAAACAGUGCUUGAAGGACCCUGGCUCUGGUUCUGUGGCUGAAAUGAACAACUUACUGGACAAUAUUGCAAAAGCCACAAUAGAGGUAUUCCAGCAGUCUGCAGACCUGAAUAAUAAUUCCUCGAAUUCUGGCAUGAGCCUCUUCAACCCCAGCGGCAUUACAAAUGCUGACACCAGUAGCACGAGACAGAAUGGAAUAAAGACAUUCCUAAGUUCCUCUGAACGCAGGGGCGUGUGGUUGGUGGCCCCCCUCAUCGCCAGGCUGCCCACCUCUGUGCAGGGAAGAGUAUUAAAAGCAGCGGGUGAAGAGUUGGAGAAAGGACAGCAUUUGGGUUCUUCUUCAAAAAAGGAAAGGGACAGACAAAAACAGAAAAGUAUGUCUCUUUUGAGUCAACAACCCUUCCUCUCACUGGUACUCACCUGCCUUAAGGGACAAGAUGAACAACGGGAGGGCCUCCUGACAUCUCUCCAGAAUCAAGUUAACCAGAUCUUAAGUAACUGGCGAGAGGAACGCUACCAAGAUGACAUCAAGGCUCGGCAGAUGAUGCACGAAGCCCUGCAGCUCCGCCUCAAUUUGGUAGGAGGCAUGUUCGACACCGUGCAGAGGAGCACCCAGUGGACGACAGACUGGGCCCUCCUGCUCCUGCAGAUCAUCACUUCCGGAACCGUGGACAUGCACACUAACAAUGAAUUAUUCACAACCGUUCUGGACAUGCUGGGUGUUUUAAUCAAUGGAACAUUAGCCUCUGACCUAUCAAACGCGUCCCCGGGGGGAUCUGAAGAGAACAAACGCGCAUACAUGAAUUUGGUAAAGAAACUGAAAAAAGAACUAGGAGACAAGCGGUCCGAAAGCAUCGACAAAGUACGACAGUUGCUACCUUUGCCGAAACAGACGUGUGAUGUGAUCACUUGUGAACCGAUGGGUUCCUUGAUCGACACAAAGGGAAACAAAAUCGCUGGAUUUGAUUCUAUAGAUAAAAAACAGGGCCUCCAGGUCUCUACGAAGCAGAAAGUGUCCCCGUGGGACUUGUUCGAGGGUCAGAAGAACCCAGCUCCUCUGUCCUGGGCCUGGUUCGGGACUGUCCGCGUGGACCGCAAGGUGAUCAAGUACGAGGAGCAGCAUCACCUCCUUUUGUAUCACACACACCCCAUGCCCAAGCCCCGCAGCUACUACCUCGAGCCGCUGCCCCUGCCUCCCGAGGAGGAAGAGGAAGAGCCCACAUCCCCAGUCUCUCAGGAACCAGAAAGGAAAUCAGCUGAGCUGUCAGAUCAGGGAAAAACCACAACAGAUGAAGAGAAGAAAACAAAGGGAAGGAAGCGUAAGACAAAGUCCAGCUCAAGAGUUGAUGAAUAUCCACAGAGCAACAUAUACCGAGUGCCUCCUAACUACUCACCCAUCUCAUCCCAAAUGAUGCACCACCCGCAGUCCACGCUGUGGAGCUACAACCUCGUGGGCCAGCCCCAGCAGCCCGGCUUCUUCCUGCAGAACCAAUCUCUUACUCCAGGUGGUUCCAGAUUGGACCCUACCGGCUCCUUUGUCCCAACCAACACCAAGCAAGCUCUGUCGAACAUGCUGCAGCGCCGCUCAGGCGCCGUGAUGCAGCCGCCCCCCCUGCACGCCAUCACAUCCCAGCAGCAGCUGAUACAGAUGAAGCUUCUGCAGCAGCAGCAGCAGCAGCAGCAGCAGCGGCUUCUCAGGCAAGCCCAGGCUCGGCCUUUCCAGCAGGGCCAGCCGGGGGACCAGGCCGCUCUCUUUGCUGCACAAACUCGGCCCUCCCCGCAGCUCCCUCAGUAUCCCGGGCUGCAGCCAGCACAGACCAUGCCCCAGGGCUAUACGAUGUACGGAACCCAGAUGCCUUUGCAGCAGACACCACAGCAGCAGGCUGGCGGUGUGGUCCUGUCUCCCAGCUACAACUCCAGGGCCUACUCGGCCACACAUUCCAACCCUGCGCUAAUGGAGAGGCUCAGACAGAUUCAGCAGCAGCCGAGUGGCUACGUUCAGCAGCAGGCCUCCCCGUACCUGCAGCCCUUGGCUGGCCCGCAGAGACUGAACCAUCAGGCUCUACAGCAGAGCCCUCUGGUAGGUGGGGGAAUUGAUGCUGUGUUGACUUCUGCCCAUCCAAACCUACCCUCCGUGCCCCUGCCUCAGGACCCAAUGAGGCCCAGACAGCCACAAGUUCGACAGCAGCAAAGACUCCUCCAGAUGCAGCAACCCCAGCAACCCCCUCAGCCCCAGCAGUCCUCUCAGCCCCAGAGCCAGGCCCUUGGUCUCCAAGCAAUGCAGCCCCAGCAACCUUUGUUUCCCAGGCAAGGCUUGCAGCAGACCCAGCAGCAGCAGCAGACGGCCGCCUUGGUGCGGCAGCUCCAGAAACAGCUUUCCAGUAACCAGCCACAGCAAGGAGUGACUUCUUACGGGCAUCCCUCCCACUUCUGA